AUGAAAUAUAUGCCUCGAUUGAAAAGAGACGAAAUAGGAGUCAGUGUGUGUCCAUCUCUUUACUUGUCCUCGUCGACAAAGCCAGAAGAGACGGAAAGAGAUAUUCGCCGUAAGGUGAGCUACAGUACUUCGUCCAAAAUUCCUUUCCGCCUUUUAUAAACGAUUUUUAGAUGCAUAUAUUUACUUUUAAUUUAUAUAGAUUUUUCAUGCGAAGUAUGGUGAGUCGACAAUUCAGAGUAGUGGCGAAACAAGUCAAGUGACAGACCCGGAAAUCGACCAGGAACACCCAGAUAUGAUGGACAUGGAAGUAUGUAUUUAACAUGAGUGCUUUAAUAUAUUCACGGCAAAUGGGUAUAGUAACUUUAUUCUAAACGUAUAUUUUAAUAUUUUGUCAACUUCUAAUUUUGUUCUGCCACUUGUAAUGAGAACAAGUAUAAAGUUUUAGUAUCUUUUUAUGCUGUUCUAGAUGCCAGCUGAUAUAGAAACUGCUCCCAUUACCAUGAAAGAAGCUUGGACUCAAACUCAGUCACUAUCAACAUGUACUAACUGUCAGAAACUGGAAAAUGAUAAGCGUCUUCUUCGCAACGAAUUAAUUGCCAUAAAAUAAAAGUUAAAGUUACAUUUAUCUAAGCAAGGUAAUAAUGUGUGCAUGUCUUUAAUAUAUGGGGGUUGUUAUGGGGGGCAUUUCCAAAAAGAAGUAAGUGCAUGGGGAUAUAAAAAUUGACAAUCCUAGUACUAUAACACUUGGUAGAAGUAUUUUUACUGUGUCAUUUUUAUUGGUUUAUGGAGAUAAGAAAAUUAACAUAUAAGUGACUUCCAAUUAGCUGUGGAAUGUCUGAAAAAUAUGGGGAAAGCAUCUUCACCAGAGUGUGUAUAUUCACAGAACAUAAAAAAAUAAAAUGUGUUUGUUGUAGAUACAUCAGCCAUCAUUGGUUGUGAGAGUGAAACCCAGAAAUGUGAUACUCCCAGCACUAGUGUCAUUCCUGAUGUCAGCAGUAUUCCUGACUAUAGCAGCAUUCCUGACUAUAGCAGCAUUCCUGAUUAUAGCAGCAUUCCUGACUAUAGCAGCAUUCCUGACUAUAGCAGUGUUCAAGAUGAGCAUGAGAUGUCUGGUAAAGAAUCGGAGGGAGAAGAUUCAUCCCAAGGAGAUAGGUAUAAAUGACUUUAAUUAACAUGUUUAAAUUAACCAAACAAUUUAUAUUUACCAGCCUAUGGUUAGGAUUAGUAUUGCAUGACAUCUUUGUUGGCAAAUGAACAUUCAACCAAGAUACUACCUAUUGACAUUAGCCCAAUUACGUUUGACAAAAUAGCCUAAUAUGCCCACUGUGUAUAACUUGUUUGCUGUCAUAUCUAAUUCUCUAUAUAUUAAUUAUCUAUUAAUUUUUCUAGAGCUGAUAUCAAUGAUUACAACAUGCGAACAGAACCUAAAUUCAUUGUAUGUUUAUCUCAACUAAUGCUCCUGUUUCAAAUCUGCCCAUUAUGCAGAAACCCUAAUCCACUGGUUAAUGUACAGCAUUGUGGUACAAUGGCUAAAGUUGUGACAUCAAUAAUUUGGCUUCUUGCACUUCACUUGGUGGAAUUAAUAUUAGAACGUUAGGGUUUGUAAUCCAAGUGAGAAUAUAUACAUUUUAAGACCUAACCAGGAACGACUGCGAAAAAUGCAGCACAAGGUCCUCUGGUAGGAAUUGAACCUACGGCCCUGCGAUUCCGGUGCAGCGCUCUAACCAACUGAGCUACAGAGGCCAGCUGUUAAGCUGUAACCGUAAGUUCAUGUAUAUAUAGGUAAUCGGGUGUGCGGGUUGUGAUAAGGUGGACUUCAAUAAUUCGGCUUCUUGCACUUCACUUGGUGGAAUUAAUAUUAGAAUGUUAGGGUUUGUAAUCCAAGUGAGAAUAUAUACAUUUUAAGACCUAACCAGGAACGACUGCGAAAAAUGCAGCACAAGGUCCUCUUGUAGGAAUUGAUACGCACUAUAUGCACUGGAAAAAGUACCAAACGCAGAUAGUGACAGACAUAAAGAAGGAAAAUGAAAAAUGCAUAAGUCUAGCGGGGGAUGGUUGGCACGAUAGUAUGGGCCAUAGUGCCAAAUAUUGUGCAUAUACCAUUCUUUGCUGUACAACAUCUAAGGUUAUACACUUUAGCCUUGUCCAAGGAAGUACAUGUUGGUGAAUUGUCUUGUCAGAAUAAUUGUGCCAUGCAGUUGUCUAGCUUAAACACAGAUAUAGUAUUUUGCUCUAACAAGUCCACCUGAAAAUUGUAAGGUAGCAUAUACAUUAAGUAGGGCUGUUUUCAGGCUAUCAGUUGUUAAAUGCCACCUAGAAAGCUGGAAAUUGUUCAUGAACCUUAUAGUUUUCGAUAAAGCUUUUUGGGAGUUUUUCUGCCAGAAAAAAAAAAUUGAUACAGUGAUUGCAGAGAAAAUUUUUAAAAAGGUUUUUUUCCUUUAAUUGAAGAGAAAUGAAACAGGAAGCAGCCAGGCCAUGGAGUAUCGGGGUUUUCAAAGGUGUAUGGAAUUUGUCUUUACAGAGGAGUUGAAUAUGACAAUAUUCAUCUUUGAUAGACAUACAUCGAUAAAGAAACACAUGAGAGAGCAACUUCCUAAAGUCGUUCACUACUUUGAUCUUUGGCAUCUUACAAAAACUAAGAUGGAAUUAACAGAUGGCAUGUCUUCAUUUUCAUAUAUACCAUAGAAGUUCUAGGAAUGGUUAUUAUUAUGGGACACUGUAUAAUAAUAUUUGCAUUUGUCUAUUUAAAGUCCAAAUGGUCUUGCAGAAAAUUGCAAAGAAGAAAGGGAAUGAUUGUCUCUUAGAAUGGAUUAAGCCUUGUGCAAAUCAUUUGUAUUGGAGUGCGACCACAACACUAAAUGAUGAUGGACAAGUUAUUUGGGCUAAGUUUGAAUAAUUUUUUAGCCAUAUCAUUGACAAACAUGAAGACCUUACCAACCAACGGUUCAACAGGUGUGCUCAUAAAGAGACUGGGAGUAACAAUGAAUACAUGUUUGUGAAAUGAGAUUGUCAGCAAGGUUGUUAAAUAUCAACUUAGCAAUUUCCACCUAACACGUAGACACCUACAUUUCACAAACAUGUAAUUUAUACAGUAUGUCUCAAAUUCCUUUCCCUGGGCUAUUUUAUGAGCUAUUUAAAGAUGUUUGCUGUUUUAGUACUGUUGUAGUAAAGAUACUGACACAGUAUUUUGUUACGAAUUAAUGUACUACAAGAAAAGGUCAUUGUUCAAAUGGCUCAUAAUCAUUCUGAAUUUACCUUACCCAUUAUGACAUUUCAUUGCACUAUUCUACUGAUAAGACCAGCAUGCUUUUCCAACAUUCAAGCAUAAUUGCAAGGUACAUAAUACCUGCAAAGCAUUCUGGUCUUAGUAGUUAAAUAAUGCAAUGAAACGUCAUAGUGGGUAAGGUACUGUACACUGGUUACAUUAACACAGGUAUUUCUCUAGAUUCCGCUGUUUAUGAUGAGGUAUGUAAAGCCUUGACAAAAAAGGGCAUCAAGAGUGGAAUAAUGCAGGCAACUCCACACUCACUCACAAACAAGUAGUUUGGAAGGGUUUCAUUCCGUCCUAAAUCAUUUUGCCCCCAAAAUGGUUGUGUUUAAAUUUCCUGGGAUGUAUUGCAGGUUAGUUGUUUAUGUUAUAAUUUCCUUGAUUUUUAAAUUGUGAGCAUACUGUGCACUGUACAGAAUGUUGACUGUAAUUUUGUUACUGCAUCUCCCCAGUGUUAAGUAUGGCUACACACCUCUGCAGUUACAGUUUUUCAUUGGAUUUUUAUAGCUACUGUAGAAAUAGUUUAUGGAACUUAAGAUUAUUUCAUUUUUGUAGACAUGCUCUGUCAGCGACACAUUUCAACUACAAUUUACACAGAGAUUCGAAGAAAAAACCCAAUGGAUCAGAACAGCUUAAAAUUGUCUACCCCAAAUUUAAGAAUGGGGAAGCCACAGUCCGGAAUGUCACAGUAAAACCAAACUUUGAUGAGUCCAACUUGUUUUUUUUAUAUAUAAACUACAUUAUACUAACGUAUUAGUUGGCAAUGCACCCAGAUUCACCCUACUUUAUUACUUUGCUCAAUCUAAUGCCAGAUGAUUUUACUCAUCAGCAGUAAUGUACUGCCAGUUAACCCAUUGAGUGGCAAGACAAUUAAAAUCAUCUGGCAUUAGACAGAGUAAAAAGUAGGGUGCAUUAGGGUGCAUUGCCACUUGAAGGGUUAAUUUACAAUUAUUUUUUCCAACUUUGGACAUGUUGUGUUUCAAGAUUAUGUAGAUGAUAUUUUCGAGACAUUUGUACAGUCUACUGAAGAUGACCGUGAAUGUGCCUCCAAAACUCUGGCAGAAAUAACUCCAUCGCCUAUGGACACUAUGCUGGAGAAACAGCCCAAAGAUGAAGCCAUAGCAAAAAGGGAUCAUCGAAAGCAAAUGGUGAUUGAAGAUGUCCCAGCAACUGCAACAGGUGAAUUAUUUUAA